AUGCUGGUGGACAACAACACUCUCCUCAGCAAGAUACCUAACAGCCUCCCUCCAGACACGCCAGUCAUUAUGCUCAAUCUCCUCCAAUGGAAUGAGAAGGCAACUUAUACACAGGACUAUGCUCUGCCACCCUGCUCGGGCCGAGAAGCCUAUAUGCAUAGAUACAUUCCAGCAUUCAGCGCGAUCGCCAGCAAGGUCGGGGGAUUCACCGUGUUGUACAUGGGCGUGCCUGUUUCGAUGUUGGUGGGCCCUGAAGAGGACAACAAUAAAUGGGACAUUGCGGCGCUGGUAAAAUAUCCCAACAUCGAGACAUUUCGUCGGAUUGUCGGCAGUGAGGAAUAUGCUACUGCUGCGCUACAGCAUCGUGAUGCCGCGCUGAAGGACUGGAGAUUGUUUGUGACGACGGAGAGUGAGCCCUAG